GGCAACAUGCGAAUGGUCACAGAUGCGACAUGGGUAGCGAGGUGUCUGGCGAUGGCGGCGGGUGUGCUUGUGCUGGUAGCGAUAACUUCGUCCUCAUGGCGCAAGUCCAAGACAGCCCUCAUACAGUAUGAGCUUGCCAAGCCCAUGUGGCUGGUGAGGGCGAGGCCGAACAUGCGGCGAGGCAGACAAGUUCUUGUUCCUCUCACGAUGUUGGUGUGCCCUCCGGAUGACCCUCAUUGCGGUUAUGGCGGAGUCGAUACCUCGCCGGAAGCGUACGCUGAUCCCAGUCCACUUGCCAUUAUCGGCGAGCAGUGCCAGGAAGAGCACAGGUGGAAUUGUCCAUUUCCUGGACCCAUCAACUACGGCCCAGACUCUCCUGCAAUCUGGUUGCCCGAAGACGAUCUGCUUGAUGAUCCCACGUUGGUUCGAAAAGUUUGGCCUGACUAUCCGCCACCAAAAGCUUCUAGUGAGAUGGGAUAUCCUGUGAUGCUGAACUUUGUAAAGUAGCUCUCCAAUAACUUGCACAAAUUAUUCGCCAUGACGUGACGGAGCGGAUGUGUAGACUGAUU